AUGACAACUAGACCAAAUGCAGUCAUCGCAUGCAGUGGCUUCUACUCAUCCGUGUUCUACCUGUCGGCUGCCUGCUUUCUCCUAGCAGCUUUACUGAUCAACUCCUGUGCCCUGUCGACGGGAUGUUCGAGAGACUCAACAACUGAAGACCCACUCUACCGAAAGAAGGAGAAAGUGGACACGGUCAAAAUUUCCUUCAGCCCUCCUUGGCGAAAGUCACCAAAAUCUACGAUUCACGAAGGACAGACACGAAUGGGGCAGCCUUCAGACACAUGA